CCAACUUGACCGCUACAUUCUUUUUACCCUCAGCGUCCUGUAUCAUUCAAUUUCAUAGCAGUACACUCUUUGAAAAGAGAAAACACUCAUUCACCUUUUAAAAUGCCUCCCCGUCCAUCUGAGAUAGCUGCUCAGAAGCGGAAUGCUAAAAAGAAAGAGAAAGUAGCGGUGAGACAAGUGUCUUCCGGCGCUGAGGUCGUAACCCCAGACAUAGCUGAUGACAUCCCAGAUAGCAAGCUGCAACGGUCUUCAAAGAAAAAAGCACUGGAGCGCAAAGUCUGGAAUGAUACAACCAGCAAUAAUCGCAAGCGUGCACCAACGGUGACUGAGCUUCUGUCUGCGCCUGCAACAAAGUCAGUAAGGAAGACACUGAAAGCAGUCGAAAAGACACAGAAAGCAGUUGAAGGUGGUGGUCAUGAGAGAAGCAGUGUAGCUUCCACUCUCACGAGUCACAAUGGUGUGUCAGUUGACACCGACGACUCUGCGAGUGAAUAUGGUAUCAGCGACUCUGAAUCCAAUAAGUCAGAUGUCAAUGUGGAAGUUGAAGAUGACAGUGAUAUCUCAGACUUACUGUCUAAAACCCCGGAGAAUCUUCAUGAGAUUCCGUGUUUUGUUCCACCCCGCCUUGCUUCACGUUACAGUGAUAGUUCAGCCGCUGCAUCAACGUGGGAUGAUGAUGAUCCGGCGGGCCAACUCGUCACGGUCACAGCUGACUCAGUCAAGGUCAAAUGCGAGCCUGACGAGAAGAAGAAAAGGAGCAAGCUCGAAGGACGACAACAGAUUGAGAGACCACAGUUUGCACAGCCGUCACAUGACUUAGAUGAUUCCAUCGCUGUCACAACCCCCAGACCGGAACCACGUGACACAUCCAACACUUAUGCGCCUUUCAAAUGGCCUGAGUUCACUAAUCUAGUUUACGAAGCAGACGGCUCCAUCAACCUCAAGGCUCAGAACACACGCGUACAGAUGGUUUUGAAGACGGCUGUCUUUGAACUCAAGAAAUCUGCUAUCUUCGAGAAUGCAUUCCCUACUAUCACCGAGAAACGAACCAUGGCUAUGCAAGCAGUCAGUAACGCUGCCUACAAGCAUAAAGAAAGGGCUAUAUUGAAGAGGCUUAAACACGACACUGACUUUGCAGUUGCUCUUGCUAGUAUUCCUGAGGGACGGCUUAGUGCUUUCCGCACUGGUAUCAAAAAGCUCGCUCAUCAAAUCGUUGUGUCUCGAUUCGCACUUCGGAGAGGUUGUUCCAAUGAGGUCGAAGAGCUCCUGAAAAGUCACAAGUAUAUUUUUCUGACUAACCAAAAUGGUAAAGUCCUUGGUGAUCAACCUUUCUGCGACGAGGCCAUGAUCGAUACGCUACAUCAGUCAUUGUUCGACGGCGAGAACUCGAUCGGAGUUCAAUCACAUGAAGAUUUUGUGUCGGUCUUAGAUGGCAAUGAUGAGCCGGAGCUCCCCAUAGCUAUGGUUGCCUUGAUUGCAACUGUUAUCUAUGCCAUACUGAUGGACUGGAGGAGCGGCAAUCCACCGUUGAGCUCUCAAGUCAAAUCAUUCAAUGCUACUGUCUACAUUAGUGUUUACAAAGCCCAUGAAGCAACCCUCACUCAGAUCUUUGAAGGCGGUAAAAAGAAGUAUCAUGCGCUGAUGGCACGGCUUUACAAGGCUGUCUGUGUGUCGGACAAUGUGUUGCUGCCAUCUGGUGCGCUGAGCAACUUUGACUACCUCGAUCUCAGUGCAAUGUCCGAGGAUUGA